AGCGCCCCGCUCGGCCCCCGGCCCUGCCCGCGGCGCCCGGCCUCCUUCCGUCCCUGCCGUGCUCCCUCCGUCUUCCGUGCGCGCCCGCUCGGCCGGCGUGCCUCACGCCUAACGGGCGGCCGCGGGCGCCAAUCAGCGGGCGGCAGGGUGCCAGCCCGGGGCUGCGCCGGCGAAUCGGCGGGGCCCGCGGCUCGGGGAGGGAGGCGGGGCUACCGCGCGCGGCGGUGGAGGAGCAGCUCGCCAAGCAAGCCUGCAGCUCGCGAGCGCCGAGCGAGCCGCCCGGAGGGUAGAUUUACCAGGCUGCUUCUGAGUGUGGAUUGUUACCUUUGGUAAGAAAAUGUCGUCCAUCUUGCCAUUCACUCCGCCAGUGGUGAAGAGACUUCUGGGAUGGAAAAAAUCAGCCGGUGGGUCUGGAGGAGCAGGUGGUGGAGAGCAGAAUGGACAGGAAGAAAAGUGGUGUGAAAAAGCAGUGAAAAGUCUGGUGAAAAAGCUAAAGAAAACAGGACGGUUAGAUGAGCUUGAGAAAGCCAUCACCACUCAGAAUUGCAAUACUAAGUGUGUCACCAUACCAAGCACUUGCUCUGAAAUUUGGGGACUGAGUACAGCAAAUACGGUAGAUCAGUGGGACACAACAGGCCUUUACAGCUUCUCUGAACAAACCAGGUCUCUUGAUGGCCGACUUCAGGUUUCACACCGGAAAGGGUUGCCACAUGUUAUAUAUUGCCGGCUCUGGCGCUGGCCGGACCUUCACAGUCAUCAUGAGCUCAAGGCAAUCGAAAACUGCGAAUAUGCUUUUAAUCUGAAAAAAGAUGAAGUAUGUGUAAAUCCUUACCACUACCAGAGAGUUGAGACACCAGUCUUGCCUCCAGUCUUAGUGCCUCGGCACACAGAGAUUCUAACAGAACUGCCACCUCUGGAUGACUACACCCACUCCAUUCCAGAAAACACAAAUUUCCCAGCAGGAAUUGAGCCACAGAGUAAUUACAUCCCAGAAACACCACCACCUGGAUAUAUCAGUGAAGAUGGAGAAACAAGUGACCAGCAGUUGAACCAAAGUAUGGACACAGGCUCUCCGGCUGAACUGUCUCCUACUACUCUCUCUCCUGUUAAUCACAGCUUGGAUUUGCAGCCAGUUACUUACUCGGAACCUGCGUUCUGGUGUUCAAUCGCAUACUAUGAACUAAACCAGAGGGUUGGAGAGACCUUCCAUGCGUCACAGCCCUCGCUCACUGUAGACGGCUUCACAGACCCAUCAAACUCGGAGAGGUUCUGCUUAGGCUUGCUCUCCAACGUUAACCGAAAUGCCACUGUAGAAAUGACAAGAAGGCAUAUAGGAAGGGGAGUGCGCUUGUAUUACAUAGGUGGGGAAGUGUUUGCUGAGUGCCUAAGUGAUAGUGCAAUCUUUGUGCAGAGCCCCAACUGUAACCAGAGAUACGGCUGGCACCCUGCAACAGUGUGUAAGAUCCCACCAGGCUGUAACCUGAAGAUCUUCAACAACCAAGAAUUUGCUGCUCUUCUGGCUCAGUCUGUCAACCAGGGUUUUGAAGCCGUUUAUCAGCUAACCCGAAUGUGCACCAUAAGAAUGAGUUUUGUGAAGGGCUGGGGAGCGGAAUAUCGGAGGCAGACAGUAACAAGUACUCCUUGCUGGAUUGAACUUCAUCUGAACGGCCCUCUGCAGUGGUUGGACAAAGUAUUAACUCAGAUGGGAUCCCCUUCAGUGCGAUGCUCAAGCAUGUCGUAAACCCAUCAAAGACUCGCUGUAACAGCUCCUCCGUCGUAGUAUUCAUGUAUGAUCCCGUGGACUGUUUGCUAUCCAAAAAUUCCAGAGCAAAAACAGCACUUGAGGUCUCAUCAGUUAAAGCACCUUGUGGAAUCUGUUUCCUGUAUUUGAAUAUUAGAUGGGAAAAUUAGUGUCUAGAAAUGCCCUCCCCAGCGGGGAAAAAGAAGACUUAAAGACUUAAUGAUGUCUUGUUGGGCAUAAGACAGUAUCCCAAAGGUUAUUAAUAACAGUAGUAGUUGUGUACAGGGGAUGUGUCCAGACCCAGUAUUGCAGUACUAUGCUGUUUGUAUACAUUCUUAGUUUGCAUAAAUGAGGUGUGUGUGCUGCUUCUUGGUCUAGGCAAGCCUUUAUAAAAUUACAGUAUCUAAUCUGUUAUUCCCACUUCUCCGUUAUUUUUGUGUCUUUUUUAAUAUAUAAUAUAUAUAUCAAGAUUUUCAAAUUAUCAUUUAGAAGCAGAUUUUCCUUGUAGAAACUAAUUUUUCUGCCUUUUACCAAAAAUAAACAAACUCUUGGGGGAAGACAAGUGGAUUAACUUGGAAGUCCUUGACCUUAAUGUGUCCAGUGGAUCUUAGCAGUCGUUCUUUUGUGAUCCUUUUCUCCUGAGUUGCAUUAGAAGGAAACCUUACUGGAACCGUCCAGGCUCUUCAUCCCAUUCCUGUUCUGGUUCAGAGCAGUGCAGCAUAAUGACAUCGUGGGAAAUAGUUGCACUGACGGCUUCUGGGUUAGUUGUUUCUGAGUCCAGUAAAGGUUUGUGUGGGCACUAAGUCCUUUUGUCAAACAACCAGACGUCAGCAGAUGAUAACUGAUGUGUAUAACCAGUUGUUCUGUUGAUUAACUUUUGUCUCAAACAUGCACAGGUGGCAGUAUAAUUAUUUUCAGGGCUAUUCUAGAGUCAUCUCAGUCUGUUUCCUUCUUCCAAAGCCAGUCUAAUAAUAAAGUACCUUUCUGUAAAGGCAGCCGACCUUUUGCCUCAUUUCACUUUUACUACCAGGUUGUAUUACAGAACAGACCUUUUGUAAAUGUGUUAGAGUGACGCUGAGGUCUUGUCAGCAGAUAGGGCCAUCUGUUUUUAAAGUGUAUUGUAUGUAAUUUAUAAAUAGAAUGUUAUUUUACCUACCUUCAAAGGUUUAAAUAUUGUGAGCUAAGCCAUUUAGCAAGAUUUCUAGCCCGCAGUUAGCUGUGGACUUAGCUCUUCCUGACUUACCCUGGGUGUGUGGUUUGCUGACCUUCAGCUCUGCAGGAAGGAGAUCCCAGCUGUCCUUUGGUCCCUCCCUCCUGCAGCACACGACAGUCAUGUCCAGUGUUGACUCCUUUCUCGUUUGCAACUCCGUACAAAUGCCUGGUCUCCUUUUUGUAAACUUUCAUAUUUUUGCAGACAAAUACCUUUGGUACUUACUCUUUGAGACCAUACUCACAUGUAUGUACAGUAAUCAUUUUUGAUGCUUUUCAACAUUGGUUGUUUUCUAUUUGAUAUUUCUCAUUUUCCUAUAUUUGUGUUUGUAUGUUAUGUGUUCAUGUAAAUUUGGUAUAGUAAUUUUUAUUCAAAUAUUUAUUGUUCACCUGUUAAUGUGCCAUGAACUUCCUUAACUUUUGGGUGAAGGUGAACAAGAUAGCUAUAGUUCCUGCCUUUGCUAAGAGCAGUUGGUUUAACCCAUACUCAAGUGUCUGCAUAGGAGGUAAACAGGGUAUAUCUUGAGAAUGGCAGAGACGAUGCUUUUGGUAGGAUGUUGGGAAGGCAUCUGGAGAGUGAUGUGUAAGCUAACCCCUGACCUAGGAAGAGAAAGCCAUGUGAAGAGCCAAGGGCAAUUUAACACUGCUGGGACAGCAUCAGCAUCCAGAGGCUCAGGCUCAUAGAGACUCACUGUCAGGUAUCAUGAUUGUGCACACACCUGCACACACCCACACGUGGCGAUGACAUGCGUGUUCAGUUUAGAAUUUGUUGAAGGUGGGACUGCUUUGUGACAGGCUGCUUCUGUCAUCUCACUGUAAUCUAUUUCUCAGACCAUGUACAGCUUUCUUGCACCAGGUCAGUGCCACUUAAUUUAACAACUCCCGUUACGUAAAUGCUCACCAGUCUGGAGCCGCCCUGCUUGCUUCUGGACUUGUUGCUGCAUAUCUAUUGGCUGUCACCGCUUCCCUUCCGCUGCCCACCUGGUGAUAGAGCUGUUGCCCUGUGCAUUAUUGCUGUUGAGCCUGCUGGAGAUCCUUGUACAUAAAACUGCCCCUUCUCUGGGAGUUUCCACAGCCUGGAAAACUUGAGCUGUUGGGACAGUUCUGGGGCAGAGGGCAGCUUUGAAAGUGGUAGGAGGUUAUCCGACAUGUUAAAGUGUUGCCAACAGUAAGACACAGCUCCUUGGUUGGGGUUCAGGAGUAGGUUUUCUGUACCACCGAGCGUGGACAUGUCACCGUGUAAACUCAUGUGAAAAGAAUUCAGUGCUUACCUUUGCUUUUCACCGGAAUGCUGUGGGCAUGCGCUACUGUCGCCCAGAUUUUGUUGAUUUCACCUCUUUUGCAAGACUGAUUUUUGUUCCAUAUGAUUCCUACGGCCUCUCUUGGUUGAUUUGUAUUGAUUUAAUUUCUCCACAUUAUUUAGCAUCAUGUCUCAGCAGUAAUUUGAAAGCCUUUCUACCAGAUUCAAACAUUUGGUUGGAUUAGGCCAGUCUUUGGAAUGCCACUAAACUGGGCUCUGACUUAAGGACCCUUUCCUGCUAGGGUCUGAGCCACACCAGUUACACUUACUAUCCAUCAUUAUAUACAUUUAGUCAGCAUAGUUUCUGCCUGUUGUUUACCCAGCCACUGUGAUUCUGGGACCACGUCCUGGCUCUGGAGUUGGGCUUAGUCCUGUGAGAGUUCCUGUUGUUUUCAGGGCCUGUGACUUUGCCAGAAGGAAUUUGUGUAUGUUUUCUUGAGAGCUGAAUCUUCUAAUGGUGUACAUAUAUGUAUGUAUAUGUACAGAGUUCCUUCUUUGUUUCUUUAAUUUCACCUUCAUCAUGCCUUGGUUGUCAGUUCAUCCCGACUAAGAGUCCAAGUGGAAGCAGUCAGGCUGGUUGAAGUCAAAGAAAGCAGAUGUCCAUUUGCCUUCCCUACCUCUGCCAAGAGCUGCCCAUAUGUAUUUUUAAGCCCUCCCCCCUUUUUUAAGAUUAACUACUUGGAACAGUUGUUCUCUUAGGUGUCCUCUUUGCUGGAGAGUAGUUGGUUUGGCGGUGAGGUAUAAAGUAAGGAGACAAUCUAAGUUGACCCUUCCAGCUUGCCUGUGUGUUCCACCUCUCUGUGCAACUGUCUCAAGUAUGUCUUCACAGGCAGCCAGGGGCCUUUCCUCAUACUGUGGCUUAAGGCUUUCGUGUCCCGUUAGCUCAGACUUAUUACUUGUCAUGCUUUUGCCUGAGCACCUUGCUAAACCCAGGCUUCCUUGCACCUUAUCCUCUCCAGUCAAUCAGCUCUGUUUUUUUCUGAAUGCAUUCUGUAUUCUUCCCUUAGUGCGGUGCAUUUCCCUGCAGGCAAGCUAGUAUUGUUCAUUCCUGGACCGCUGUUGGAGUCUUUCAAAUGACUCUGGAAUUUUUGCCCAGUUAAAAUGUCCUUGUGACUGACAAGUAGCAAACUGUCAACAUUAUUUAUCAUAGUUUAGAUGGUAACAGCAUCUCCAUCACAGUUUGGGGACAGUCUAGAUCAGCGGUGUGACCCUUUAGUACAGUUCCUCAUGUUGUGGUGAUCCCCAGCCAUAAAAUUAUUUUAUUGCUACUUCAUUACUGUAAUUUUUCUACUGUUAUGAAUCGUAAUGUAAAUAUCUUUGUUUUUUGAUGGUCUUAGGUGACCCCUGUGAAAAGGUUGUUUGACCACCCCUCCCCCAAGGGGUUGCAACCCACAGGUUGAGAAACCACUGUUGUAAAGUGUCCGAUUUACUCCAGUCAGAGUGAUGGUGGUCUGUGGUCUGCAGAGGUAGACGUCUGCCGUCGGCUCCUCUUCUGUUUUCCAGCUUGUUUGAUUAUUUUACUUGUUCAGACUACCUUUUGUCCAGGGAGAUUGAGGGACAAGUUACUUCUUGGAAUAUAGUUUAUGUGUUUAAAUACUUGGAGCCAGAAAAUGCUGAGUUAAUCUCAUGAGUGCUUUUGCGAUAAGAACUGGCCUCAUGUGUUAUAUCUUGAAUAGAGACUUUUACCUUGGCCAUUAUAGCUACUUAUAUACAUGAGAGUUGCCUCAAACAUUUUAGUUUUAGCGUAUAUGAUAUGUGUGUGUGUUUAAGUGUACACACAUGUACCCUCAGAAAACAAACAGUGGGGUUAUCUUAACAAUGAUGAAAGAUACAUUGUUUAAAUCUCAGAUCUCAGUAAAGAGAUCCCAUUUGCUUGUAGACUCAUGACACAAUCAGUGUAUUUAAAAUGAAAUUACCAGUCCUUAUUUGACAGUUCAGCUGGUAUGCUGGUGUUCAGGCACUGUGGUGAAAAUCAUAAGAAAUAAAUUACCACCAAUAAAGCUUUCCAUAUACCUCAUCCCUAAACUACACCCAGCGCUGAGGGUUAACUUGAAAAUCUGUUCUUCAUUUGUGUCUCCCCAUGAAAUCCCAGAGACCUGGGAAGGACCUCUAUGAGGUCAGAGUCCCACACCUAAUGCUACUCUAAAGGAGGGUAGUAGUUCAGGCCUGUCUUGGCAGUGAACUACCAAGGAAUGGUUUCCCAAGACUUCUUGGAACCUCUGUAUCCUAACCACCUACAUGUUCAUUGCUAGCUUCUGAGUUUAGAGUGGACCCUAGAUUUCACAAAUGCUAGAGAUGUAGGAUCCCUUGGGAAAAGGGGUGUUUUCCGGUUUGCUAUUUUGGGAUGGAAGGUAAGGGUUUGCACCUUUUUUUUGUCUUGGAGUAAUUUUUAAACAACCAAAAGAGAUACAAAGCUUUAGCGUGUUGGAAAACGCUCUGAUUAGUGUACUCCUUCCAAGCCAGCUGUAACCCUUCCUCUCUCUGGCUUUAAGGCUCCUGGCUGGUUGCAGUGUUAAACACUAAGUAACUUUAUGUUUCUAAGGCUGUAUUAAAUUGUGCCCUUCACAGUGUUGUGUCAUAGGGGGUUGGCUUUGGGGAGCUGAGAAGAAACCUGCCUUGAAGGGCCAGUGCCUAGCUGGUGCACACUUGUCCUUGCCUCUGUAGGGUGGUGGAUUAUUGGCUUGUAGAGGUAGUUUACAGAGAUUGGUUUAAAUCACGAGAAUAAUUAACCAACCUCUGGCCUCUGAACCAUGUAUGCACAUAUACUGAUCCAGCCCAUUUCUUGGUAAAAUGCAGAACUCAGAUUGGGCACACGUUAGACCAGCUUUACCUUCAACUUCAUUUGCGCUUUUAUUGACUCUAACAUAAGGUGUGAGUAUUUGACUUUCUUUGUUGGUGGCAGUGAUCUGUAACACUCAGCACUUUCUAGGUGAGCUAAACCAAGAAAAUCCACAAUGACUGGCUAAGGCUGCAACUUCAUUGGAAGCCAAGUGAAAAAGCAUCAGAGAGUGCCUCCUGCCUCAAGGCUGGCCUUCCUGGGAGCUCAGUACACAGUAGUUUGGCUCUGGGCCUCUGCAAGGGCCUUCAAGCUUGGCUGUCCUCAUACGAAAUUAGAAUGUGGAAGUAGUUGGCUUUGAAGGUUUUCACAUUUAAAGGGAUAUAAAGCGAUACAUGAAACUAGAAUACUCAUUUAGCUCAGAAAAUCUCAACACGUGGUAGGUAAGAUGCUAUGUAACUUACGGGAACGGGAGACUCGGGACGUCUUGUCUGAGAGUGGGUUUCAAGAGUGAAGUCUGAUACACUACCACUAAAUGUACUUGGUCUUUCCCAGCUUUUCUAGCUGGUGAGCCAGUUUGGAGGAAGUAGCCUUUAGCAAGAGAGCUACAAGUGCGUUGUCCUUAAGGAGCCUUGUGUACACAGACGUUCUUUUCUCUGCACAUGUCAAGGGAAGACAAGGGUCCCAGAUAUGCAAUGCUAAGUGUCAACCAAAGUGAGUCCUAGGGGUCCUGGGAACAGUUGUCCCCUUGGUUGUCCUCAGGACUCAUACUGAUGUCAUCCUAGCUGAUAACUGUGUUGGGUUAUCCCAUGGCUGUCAGCAUUUUUAGGACUCAACCUAUGUGUUCUGUAAUCAUUCAUUACUGUGGAUGCAACCGAAGAUUUACAAUAAAUAACACAAAGAACAAUGGGGUUGAGUAUGGAAUGAAAAGAGGCAACAAGCUAGGGAUGAUCUGUGUAGGUGUAAGUACACUUUGUGUCCUUCCUUAGGAGUUCUUGUAACAGAAACAGUGUGAAACUAUAGAUGUCUUCUCCUAUAAGGGAAAAAAAACAUGGUGUUUGAUGCUUUGGUCUCUUAUUUCCCAGUCUGUCCUGCUUAAGAAGCCAGAAUGUGGUUUCUAUUUGGUGGAUGCUGUCUUAAAAUGACUAAAUGCGUCACCCGGAAGGAGUCAGUUUCCCUGUGCAGUUGGAGCCGUUUGCUCUCAAGUCUUCUGUCCUCCUCUCACGGCGCUCACCAGCUAGGCUAAUCUCAGGAGACAAGGGAUGUUCUAAGACGCCAUGGACUUAACAAUGCUGUUUGGCAGACAUAAACCCUGUUCCUGCUCUCUGGUGGUCCUCAGUGGCUGAUGCAGCGCGCUGUGAUGGAGAUACUAAAACACGUGUGUUAUUUGUAAGUCUUCUCUCAGUGAUUGUCAGACAACUGUGGUGUGUGUGUGUGUGUGUGUGUGUGUGUGUGAGAGAGAGAGAGAGAGAGAGAGAGAGAGAGAGAGAAACAGUGAGCUGAGGCUUUAUUAUAGCUGGUUUCCAGUUAAAAUUGUGAAAUAUGUAUUUCUUGUCCACACCAAAUAUUUCAGUCUAUUUAAUGUAUUAAAGAAAUAGUUCUGCUUAAGAAAAUGUUGCUUAAAUGUUCUGUGAUUUCUGGUGCAUUUUUAUACCGAUCUGUGUGUGUGUCUGUGCAUUCACUUUCUGCCUUUGCUCUCUGUGUUAACUGUCCUGUUGCCCUCGGAAGGUGGACACUCUUCCUAGCAUUAAAAAGAAACAUUUGAGUUA